CGCCGAGCGGUUAAUCAAACAGGCGACGCCUUCAAGUCUAGCUGCACGUACACGAGAGUGGAGUUGGAGUCGUCGGCUUUUUUUCGUGGCGCUCUUUUUUUCGGUUUUCCACAUUUUAUCCACCACGCCCACCGUUCAAAAUUGUGAUACAAAAAAUCCUAGCAAAAUUGCAAAGCUAUAGUGUAUGGAAUACCAAAUAUAACUCUGUCAUUUAUGAAAAGGUUAUAUUUGAAAAAUUAACAAAGUGCUUAAAUCAAUAAAAAAAAAAAAGAAAUCAACGUGUUGUUCAAAACCCAAUUUUACAUAACCAAAAUGAUGCAGCCAAGUGCGCUAUUACUAACCACCAUCAUGAUCAUCUCCUGUGGAGUGGCAUUCGCCUGCAAUGGAAAGAUAAUUGCAUCGGGCAUCACGGCGGAAGAGAGAUCAAUCAUCUUGCAGGAGCACAAUCGCCUCCGGCAGAUCGUGGCCACGGGACGCUAUCCGGGCCAGCCGGGUGCCGAGAAUAUGCGGGAGAUCGUCUGGGACGACGAGCUGGCCGCCAGAGCCCAGAAAUGGGCUGACAACUGCCAGUUCCGUCACGAUCCGCACCGCACAAUAAAUCGCUUUACGAUGGGACAAAAUCUGGCCAUCAUCUGGAGUACGGCGCCCUUGGACGCCGAUGACGGUGAUUUCCCCUCUCGUAUCCAAAGUUGGUUUAACGAGGUGCAGAAGUACUCCUUCGGAGACGCCUGGUCCCCCAAAACUGGACACUAUUCCCAACUGGUUUGGGGUGAGACCAGCUUGGUGGGCUGUGGAUAUGCGGAGUACAAGGAUACCAGCAAGUACAACAAGCUCUACGUCUGCAAUUAUGGGCCUGGUGGCAAUGUGGUGGGCUACAAUCCCUAUGAGGUUGGAAAGCCAUCGUGCUCCACAUACGGCAUGAAGCCCUCGUCCCGCUACCAAGGACUCUGCGCCGCUCCCGGAUCCUCGCCAGCGGCCAACAGCGUUUACGGAGCGAACACAAUUGAAACGUAUGAGUACGGCUACAACAGCAGCCCUUCCAGUCAAACCGCCAAUAACAAUCCGCCGACUAACAACAUUAACAAGAGCCAGUUCAGCUAUAACCAACCAAGACCCAAGCCCGUCCAAACCAUCAAUCCAAAUCCCUCCCCGUUCAACCCACAGGCAGCGGUACCAUCAGCGUCGUCCUUCGGCGGCAGUUCGUUUGGCAGCGCCUCGAGGGGCGGCAGCCACGCCUACACCACGGACCCAUCGCAGUCGGCAGGCCGCUAUCAGCACAAGCUCGAGGCGUAUCGGCCAAGUGCGGCCGAGUUCGAGAAGUCCGUACACAAGCAUACCAUACUACGCACCUAUAUAGAGCAGAAUCAGCAGAGGCAGGAUCAGCAGCAGCAGCAACAGCAGAAGGAACAGGAGCAGGAUCAGCAGCAGCAGCAGCCAGAGCCCUCGAGCACCAAGAAGCCCAGUCGUGGAUGGAGCCUUCUAACCUGGCGUGGUUGAGCUAUAAAUCUUGCCAAUCCAUUUGCCAAUCUAAAAUGCCGCUCAAUGUAUUAGGCCAUUAAUAGCUACUGUGUAGUGCCAUUAGCCAACCACCAGGAUCCAUCGUCAUCUUUAACACCCUCUGUCCAUCGCCGCGAAACCCCUAGCAAAUCCUAUUUAAAUAACCCAACAAUUUGCCAUAUGAGCUGAAGUAGUUUCCCUUCUUUGGAAUUCCGGCUUGUUGAGGCCAGAACAUAGAAGAAGUGCUGGCGGCGGACGAUUCAUGCCACAGACGAAUAUUUGUAUCAAAUGUUUGCCACCCACCAAAACUGUCAUCCUGUUAAAACCAACCAAUCGGCAUUCAACAUCGAUCAGCUAGUUGUAGUAUUGUGUUCAAUAAAACAAGAAUAUUGAUUUGUAAAUUAAA